AAGCAUCUCUGCCAAAAGAAGAAGCAUCUUCGGCACAGGAAGAACCAGCUCUGCCACAGGAAGAAGCAUCUCUGCCAAAAGAAGAAGCAUCUCUGCCAAAAGAAGAAGCAUCUUCGCCACAGGAAGAAAUAGCUCUGCUACAGGAUGAAGCAUCUCUGCCAAAAGAAGAAGCAUGUUCGUCAAAGGAAGAAGCAGACCUGCCAAAGGAAGAAGCUUUGCCGAACGAAGCAGCUCUACCAAGCGAGGCAGCUCUGCCGACCGAAAAAGCUUUGGUGGAGGGUUCCCCUACUCCUGAGGCUGAUGAGACCUUGACACUUCCAAGCAAGAAGAAGAGCAAAAAAGGCAAAAAGACCAAACUAAGUGACGUUAUGAAGGCAAAGCCUGGCCCCGUCGAAGCUAGAGACUCUCUGACGGUCGAAGAUAUGUCGCUAGCUGGAAAUACCGCCGAGUCUGUAGGCAAUGAUACUCGCAAGCCCGCGAUCACUGACGACGCGGAUGUUAUUGUCACGCCGCCGUCUGCAACUCCAGCAGGAGACCUGCGAGACCCGCUUGUGCCAGGUAGCAACGACCUCCAUGCCGAGCAAGGUGGCAACGAAGAUGUAGAGACGGAACAGAAGAGCAUACCAUCUACCUACGGAGACGCGCAUGCUGCCAACGAUGAUACGGCCGUCCCAGACGAGAGUAUCUCUGCAUUGGAUGACCUUGCGCCUCAGUCUACAGCAACGACCUCUCAGGAGCCGAAAGAGGCAGAACCCGAAGAUUUCUGUUCGCUACCGAUCAAAACCAAGAAGGCGAAGAAGGGAAAGAAACUACAAGCAACUGUCUCACCCCUCGACAAGCAGCCACACGCCGAAUCCCAGGACUCGCGGCCUGACCACGAUGCAAGCACUUCUGAGGCACAACCUGCUGAAGAGGACACUCCUGCUGCACGGAGCGGUAAGAAAGGGAAAAAGGCGAAAAAGGCCAAGCGUGCCUCUGAGCCUGAGCCUGAGCCAGAGAUUGAGCAGCCUGUACCUGUUAUAGACGCGAAGGUCUCUACAAAAUCUGCUGUGCCCGUAGGAGACCAUUUGGGGGUGACCGAUGUCAGUGCUCAUGUGGAUGAUCCAGAUGAGAGUAAGCCCGAACAACAUGAGAGUACUACUGAGCAAAAUGACCAUCCUACCGAGCAGAGCCCAAGUCGAGAGGAGGAACGGACUCCAGAAGCGCGGCAGCCUGAGGUCCAGGAUGACCUAGCGACAGACAUACACGCUGGCGUUGAACCUCAAGAGAGAGAUCCGAAGGUUGAUUCGUCAGUCGCAGGUCCUCACGAGGAGGUUGAUGACCGUAGUGAAGCCAGGCCAGAAGCUGAGCCAGAAGCUGACGACAGCACUCAUGACGGCGUUGAUGCUACCAUUGUUGGUGGCGCCGCGGCUGCAGCCACCGCCAUUGCUUCGAGUAUUUUCCAGUCAGAGUCUAGACCCGAGACUGAUGAAUGGACGGCAUCCUCCACGAAAAGGUCGAAGAAAGAUAAGAAGAAAGCCAGGAAGAGUGGUGCACUCACAUCUGUAUCAGCAGUCGACGCUCCGGAGCCUGCGCAACCCGUGCCUGACCGAACUCCCGUUGCUGUUGAUAAGGUCGACGAGACGACUGCUAUGGGUGCUCAGUCUACAACCGCAGUUGAUCAGCCGCUGCCGGAUGUCCUACCACAUGAAGUCCCAGCUCACCAACAGGAAGCGGAACACCCGGACGAUGGGCAUCGCCACGAGACUGCACGUUCGCCUCGUGCGUCACCUGGAUCGGAUAUCGAUUUCACCGCGACUGUUGCUGCUGGACUCGCGGAUAGUGGCUUCAACCCGAACAUGGUCAUUGAGGAUCCAGGUUUUCAGCGAAGAGCCUCGCCGACUGGCAUUGCCGAGGCUGACCCACAAGAGGAGGAUGCUUUCGUGCCGUCGAUCAGCAAGAGGAAGAAGAACAAGAGCAACAAGGCCCAGAAGGCGACCGACACUCUUCUGGCCGAGCAGGAGGAUAAGACCUCCGGACAACAGAAGGCACGAAGCGAUGUUGACGACAUCGUGAAUAAGACCCUCGAGAGCACAGGGUUCGAUGCCAUGCUUCUCGACAAGGCUAUGGCCGCCAGCGACCAGCGGCUUUCGGGUGACGUGGAGAACGAUCCCGAAUCUACAUUCACCACAAGCAAGCGCAAAAAGAACAAGAAGGGCAAGAGUGCAGUACUGGACAGUGAUGACAGCGUCAGGAAAGUGUCGGACGGGCCGACACCGGUGGAGGGCAUGAAAGAGGCGGCAGAUGCAAUCGCUGCAGAUUCACUAGAUCGUCAAUUGACUACAGGAGGCAUGCCGUCCAUGGACGCCGACCUCGCACCACCACCAAUCACAGCCGAAAGUACCGAGCAUGGCUGGUUGGUGCAGGAUGAGAUGGAUGUUGACGCGAUGGACCAAGCUUAUAAGGCGUACAAGAAAAACAAGCGCCAGCAGAAGAAGCUCAAAGCUGCCGCCAAAUCUGCUGGACUUGGUGAAAAUAUUGAAGGUAGUGCGGUAGACGAUACUGAGCGAUCUGCACUGGUGUCCGAAGCAGAGGGCGCGCCCAUGAACAGGAAUCCGACGGAAGCGUCCUCAGAACAGCAGUCCGAUGCCGUCAAGGAUGAUUCGAAACCAGCCCAGAGCUCCACGAGCCAAAGUAGCGCCAAGAGCGUUGUACAAUCUGUCUUUCCCAGCCUUGAGCGCGUGAAACGUCGCGUGCCAACCGGUAGUGCAAAGGAGAAGGAUGGCAAACAGAUCAGGAGAGUCAGUACCGACUCUGGGAAGCUCGGUCCGGUACACACAUCGGAGGUGAUGCAGCAGCAUGUACCUGAACAGAUUUCGGCAGAUGUUGCUGCUGCUGGCGUGGGGCUUGCAGCUGCAUCGACAACAGAACAGCAUGGGACUCAAAGCUCAGGCGCCUCGCAUGCAGGGACUACUGGGGAGCCUUCGUGGUCAUUCGCAGCGCUGCAGGACGACAAGGCCUUCCCUGAUUCGGCUCGGAAUGGUGGCGACCGUGAAGAAAAUCGGGACAGUGGAUAUGAAACAGCAAAACGCUCCUCUCAGCCAACAGACGGAUCCGAGGGCGAGGUACCGGAGAAGAUGCGGACCAGCUCUUCGCGUGAGAGUCUGCGCGAACGACGUUCACUCGAGCCACUUCGGGUGUCCACACCGACGAGUCCUGAAUGGAAUUUGCACACGCCGAAGCAGAGGACGGGAGAGCACAACGAGGCACCACUCGCAAUGGCCGGGCAUCAACGCAUGCCCAGUGCCAAUACGCCACUGGAGCCCACAAGUAAGAAUCGUGCGUCGUAUCUGUUCCAGUCUCCUCCUGACUUGCUCGCAGUAGAUGAUGCGUCGACGCCGCUUCAACAUCCUGAGCAGCCAUCAUCGAGUCCGAGAGCAACGCAGGCGGAGGAUGCCCAGGAGGUCUCGGGAUCGGACCCGACAGCACAUGGUGAGCGAUUUGGUGUGUCGUCUCCGACCAGUUCCCGAGCACCGCUCGAUGCUAUUGUGGAAGAGCAUCCUGAGCGCCAUCACUCCCGCAAGCGGAGCAAACCACGAGCGGAAGUGGGUGGUCCGGAGCACAUCAAAGCCAUUCGACGCACCGAGACACCCCAAGCCAUCCGUGCUCGAGAGCGGGCAUUGUCGCCAUCCUUGGUACAACACGGAUACGGAUCCUCGGCGGACGAAGGGGGCUUGGACCACGUGCACAUGCAUGCCUCAGGCAGCGUAGUCAGCGACCGGUCGAUGGGCAGUGCGAGCCAGUUGCGGUCGCCUCAGGCCAACAAGGAACUGCGCUCGUUCAGCAGAAGCAGCAAUCGCAGCUCGACCUCGACGCCCUCUCUCCGCCGCAUCAGCUUGUCCGGCGAUCUGCGGGCCGCCAGCCGGCGCGGGGCGUCCGGGUCCGGCGCGCAUGGUGGGUCCGACUUGGGCUCCCAGGGCUUGGCUUCGCUUACGGCUUCUGCCGUCGGCGCUAGAGCCACACCUCCCACCACCAUUGCUGGCGAGGCGCCUCCCACUCCGCCGCUGGAGCACGAUGAGCUGAUACACGCCGGCGCCUCGCGCGCAGGAGACAUGAACGACGAUGUGUUUGUAAGUCACCCCGACCCUGACCCUGACCAUCACCGCCGCCACCACCGCCACCACCGCCAGCACGUGCACCACCGCGCCGACACUGACUCCCAGCAGCAAGGAUAUGGCGACGCGCAGCAGUCGCAGGUCUCGCCCACCCGUCCACCGAGCGUGCGCAAACGGCAAAGCAUGCACAUCAACGAGCUGGAGUCGCGGCUGGACUAUCUACUCGCCGAGAAUCGUGCCCUCCAGGAAGCCCGCGAAGCCAGUCACGCUGCCCAGAGUGUGGAUGCAGGCCCAUUGCAAGAGGCGCUUGCAGCACGUGACCUUCAGCUGCAAGCAAAGGAUGCCGAAAUCCAUCAGAUCAAGGCCAUGUUGCAGCCCUUACAGAGCGAAAUUGCACGCCUGACGGAGUUGAGCAAUGCUCUCACCGACGCCAACCGCAACUUGGUCGAUGAUACGAACGGACGUUAUGCCACCCUUCAAGCCGAGCACGCCGAAGCGCACAACAACUGGCAGGCUACUUGUCGAGAGCUCGAGUCCCUGCGGAACGAGCAUGGCAGAAUCACGUCUGGCAUGCGAGAUAUUGUGGAAGCGGAACUUGCGACUGCGCUGGCCGACAAAAACGCAGAGAUUUUGAGACUUCGUGAACAGCUUGAUCUUGCUGCCGAGCAAAUCCGGGCUCUGCAAGUGCAGAUCCAGUCUUCCAAGUCGAGUGACUUCCUUGUCAAUAGAGAUGAGGACUAUUUCGACGGGUCGUGUCAGAAGCUCUGCCAGCACGUGCAGCAAUGGGUCUUGCGAUUCUCCAAAAUGUCGGACAAUCGGGUGUGCCGCCUGUCCACGGAGCUCAACGAUGACAAGAUUGAGGCGCGACUGGACAAUGCCGUCCUCGAUGGCUCCGACGUGGACAAACUGUUGGGCGAUCGCGUGCGCCGCCGAGACGUCUUCAUGUCGGUGGUCAUGACUAUGGUCUGGGAAUAUGUCUUCACACGCUACCUCUUCGGGAUGGACCGCGAGCAGCGGCAAAAGCUCAAAGCUCUCGAGAAGCUGCUCUCCGAAGUGGGACCGCCUCGAGCGGUUGCACAUUGGCGUGCGACCACGCUGACGCUGCUUUCCAAGCGUCCAUCAUUUGACGCGCAAUGUGCUCUGGAUACCGAGGCAGUGGCGCACGAGAUCUUUGGUGUGUUAUGCAUGCUGUUACCGCCACCUGCAGGCUCCCAAGACCAGCUACAGACUUCUCUGAAGAAAGUGAUUCGCAUUGCAGUGGAUCUUGCCAUUGAGAUGCGCACACAGCGCGCCGAGUACAUCAUGUUACCUCCGCUGCAGCCCGAAUAUGAUAACAAUGGAGAUUUGGUGCGCAAAGUCUACUUCAACGCGUCUCUGAUGAAUGAGCGGUCGGGGCUCUUUAGCUCGAAUGAGGAGCUUGCGGCGAGACAUGCGGUGGUGAAGAUGGUGCUGUUCCCGUUAGUGGUCAAGAAGGGCGACGAUGUGGGAGAGGGAGAUGAUGAGAUUGUGGUGUGCCCGGCGCAGGUGCUGGUGCACAACGACGGGGGGAGGGACAAGAAGAUUGUGCGGGUGAUGAGUGGGGCUAUGGAGAUUGAUGGACCGAUCAGGAGCAGACAGAGCAGUCGUAGUCUGAUGAGUGAUGCGCCCGGGAGUUCUGGACUGUGACGGGUGUGGAAUGAGGAAGGCAUGCGGUUGGGGGAGGGCGAUGAAAGCACAUGAGUAAUAAUAUUCUGAUAUGACAUGGGAGGGAGAAACGGAACUGUUAAUUAAUUAUACAUACAGAAUGAUGAUAUGGUG